CUCAGCUCGUCCCAACACAGACACGAACCUGUCCUCCUAUCCACCGCACUGCUGCUGCCGCCGUGGACACACUGCAUGUCCACGAGAAGACAUGAUGGAAAUACUUCCAGAAGGAACUCUCAACUUUUGACGAUUACUUAUAAAAAAAUAAAUAAAAAUAGAAUCACUUAAGUAGGGAUGGAGGCCGAGGAGGGGAAGAUCUCGGUGUGGGUCUGCCGGGAAGAGAAGCUGGUCUCGGGCAUGACCAAGCGCACCACCUGCGCCGAUGUGGUCCAAGUCCUGCUGGGGGACCAGAACCUGCGGCAAGGGGCCGCGGCGGGCAUGUUGUCCGGACCUUGCCAGUCCUACUGCCUGGUGGAGAAGUGGCGAGGCUUCGAGAGGAUUCUACCCGCCAAGACCAAAAUCCUCCGCCUGUGGAGCGCCUGGGGGAGCCAGCAGGGCGACGUCCGCUUCGUCCUGCUCAAGAACGACGCGUCCCUGCCCAGCAACGGACCUCGCAGCGCCGAAGCCAAAGUGGUCCAGAGUCGAGAGAACUGGGUGACCCCCGCUAGAACCCCCAACCUUUCCCAGGAGCGGCAGAGGCGCAUCGUCCGGAAAGCCUUCAGAAAGUUGGACAAAAUGAACAAGAAGAAGGAGCAGACGUCCGUGGACAAGAUGGAGACUUUGGUGCACCUGGUGGUCUCCCAGGAUCACACCAUCCGCCAGCAGGUGCGCAGGAUCCAAGAACUGGACCGGGACAUCGAGUCCUACGAGGCCAAGGUGCACUCGGAGCGCAUGAAGCGACACGGCGCCAACUACGUGCAGGACACGUACAUGGACGGCGAGACGGAGGGCGUGGACGCGCACGCGCAGUGCACGAGCGAGGCGCUCGAGGAGCACGCGCGCCGGUGCGAGGAGGUGGUGCGCGUGCACGAGGAGCUGACGGCGCGCCAGGCGCUCGCGGAGGACAUCACCGGGGAGAUCCAGGAGGAACUCAACCGGAGGUGGAUGAGACGGCGGGGGGGUGACGUCACGCAGGAGCCUCAGGGCUCCCACGGCGACCAGGAGGAGGAGGACAGGGUCAAAACCCAGCUGGAUACAAGUCUUUACAUCGGCCUGAGACUGAAGACGGACUUGGACGCCGUCAAGGCGGACUUGGACCUGAGUCUGGCUCAGUGGGAGAGCAAGGAGAGAGAACUGCUGGAGCUGCUGGCCAAAGUGGAGUCUGUGGAGUUUUGUGAUGUUGACGACAGGAAGUCGGAUGAAGGUGCGGAGGGGACAGGGGAGAAGGGCAGCAUGUGGGUGGAGCAGGCCAGGGGUCUGGCCAAGACCUGCAACGACGAGGACUCGGACACGGGCCUGAGCUCCAUGCACAGUCAGGACUCGGACAACCCGCCUGUGUGCGAAUCUCUGGUCUGACUUGCAUAACAAUCUUGGACAAUAUUUGCACAAUUAUAAGCUCAACGUAAGUGCCACAUGUUAGUGUACUCUACAGGGGAGCCGAAAAG